AUGGAUGGCAGACUCUUUCCUUUGCUAUUUCUGAUAGUAAUUAAUAUCAUCUCAGCAUGUGGUGAAGUAGCUAGUGAUGGUCUUUAUUGCUCAGAAAAUCAGCAGGCGUUUAAAAGCUCCUGCUAUGAGUUUGUGACUCAGCAGCGCAGUUUCCUCAGCGCUCAGGCUUGGUGUGAGCAGGACGGUGGGCACCUGGCCUUCAUCCAGAAUGAAGAAAUCCAGCAGUUUCUACAAAAACACCUACAGCUGGAGCAGGACUGGUGGAUAGGACUGGUAUCUACCUCCAUCAACCUCACUCUGGACACACAAGGUGGCUUGAUCUGGCUGGAUGGUUCAGAUGUGAUUUACUCAAACUGGCUCAAUGAAUCGAUGCUGGAAACUGGCUGUAGCUACAUCAACACAGACUCUGAAUUUCACUGGAAGUCAACAAGCAACUGUAGUCAGGAAUACUACUUCAUUUGUGAAUUUGAAUUGGGACGCUCUCUGUCCUGUAUGGACAGCGCUAUUCUGCACUGUGGCUCAGAUCAGGUGAUAGAGGUUGAUGAGAGUUACUUUGGGAGAAAGACGCCACAUUACUGCAGGAGCAACAUCACCAGUUCUCUCACAUCUUCGCUGGAGCAGUGCAGCUGGAUCAGUGUGCUGGAUGUUGUAGCAGAUCUCUGUAAUGGACAGCAGUUUUGCACGGCUGUGGCAGACACGUCAUCUUUUGGAGAGCCGUGUCCUGCACUGGGAAGUUACCUAUUGGUGGAAUACCACUGCAAAGACCAACCCUCUCGUGUUAUCAUGGAAAGAUCAGCAGAUGAUGGUGGUGACGAUUCGAUUGUUGAGGUAUCAAAGUACUCUUUGUCUUUGAGACAGGACACACACAAAAGGGCUAAAAGGGACAAUCCAGAUGAACGGAUUUGUUAUUCUGGUACAGAGAAUCAAGGCAGUUUUCAGAUCAACUGCAAUAGUGAGACAAUCACUUUGACAAUAAGUGCUACCUGUUCAAAGAUAUACUGGUAUGUGGAAGAUGGCAGUAAAGUAAAGAAAUACAGAAAAGACAAUUUUAAGGAAGUCUGCUUACAAAGAAACAAUAAAGUCCUGAUUCUAAAAGAUAGAAAUAAAAAUAACUUGGAAAUCAAAUCCAGAACGAUUAGGUCUUUCAAGAAGGACAUCAUCGUCGUGGUGAAGUGUGAAAUAAGUGGUGGUACUUCUUCUGUGAGCACAACAAUUCAGUAUUCCUGUAUAAAGAUCGACAAGAAUCAGCUCAAGAGCUCGAUUGAUAACGAACUGAGUCUGCUUACUGAAGCAACUGACACAGAAGAGUUCAGAGAGUACCUUCUUUCAGAUAUGUGUGCAACUUUAGAAGAACCACUCCAACAACCUACAGAAGUGCUGACUUUUGCUGGAUUUUUGACAACUAUCACUAAAAAUAAGGACAAAUUGAAUGUUAAUGCUCAGGAGAAUGCUGGUUGUGCCCUAGAAAUGAUCAGUAAAUCCCUCAAAUCCAUCAGUAUGGAUAACAUCACUCAACGAACUGAAAUAGCCAGCCUCCUUGUUGCGUCCUCUAGUCACAUUCUCGCUGCCUUUAAUAAAGAGAGCGACAUCUCUGGUCAUUUGUUCAAUGCAGUGGACUCUGUGCAGACAUUCCUGCUAGCAAAUAAAACACCUGAUCUGGAACCCAGCAUCAUCACCUCUCCUAAUGUCAAUAUUUAUGUCAACAGGAUAUCCCCAGCUAACCUCCAGAAAGAGCCCUUCAGUGUUGAGAACAGUUCAGCUGGAUUCAAGCUUCCGAAUCUGGGCUCUGAUAUACUUCCUGUUGAUGAGCCAGUGGAUGUGAAAAUGACACAUUUUAACAUUGAUCCAUGGGUUGAAGGUCAGCCCAUUCAUAGCACUGUGGCCGGUUUGUCCCUUUCCAAAACUAACGGAUCUGGCAUUCCAGUGGGAAAUCUGACUGAGGAGAUUGAGAUCUUAUUACCCAGGCUGGACCCAGCGGUGAACAGCUCAGUUCUAAAUCUAAAAAACUUCAGCACUACGAUCAUCAAUGUAACCACUCCCAAUAUUACUCUGGUUAUGAAGUUACUUCCCUCUGAAGAUUUAACACUAAUAUUACUGCUGGGUUAUGAGAACCAACCCACAGAGAAUAACUAUGCAGCCAAAAUUACACUUCCUCAAGAAGGAAAUUCACAAGAUGAAAAGUACACAUGGGUACUGGGUCCCAGUGACAUGCCAGUAGACGUGGGCGUUUACAACCUUCUCAUACGACCUGUUGUUCCUCCGGGUGUGAAGUCUAUAGAUGCAUCAGUAACAAUCACGACCGUUACUGUUCAGUGCAUUUUCUGGCAAGAGACCAGAGCCAACUGGAGUGACUAUGGUUGUAGGGUUGGCCCUAAAACAAACCCAAAUGUUACUCAGUGUCUGUGUACCCAUUUGACCUUUUUUGGGAGCAGUUUUUUUGUCAUGCCCAAUACGGUAGAUCCGUCCAAGUCUGCUGAGUUGUUUUCCAACUUUGCACAGAACCCAGUGGUAGUGUGCUUUAUCGGGGCAAUUUUCGUAGCUUACAUCCUGAUAGUGGCAUGGGCACGCCGGAAGGACCUACAAGACGUAACCAAGGUGAAGAUUACUGUGUUAGAGGACAAUGAUCCCUUUGCUGAGUACUGCUACUUGCUGAAGAUCAGCACUGGACAUCGUAUGGGUUCCUCCACGUCAUCACGGGUCAUAGUGACUCUACAAGGUACGGAGGGAGAAUGUGAGCCCCAUCAUCUGACUGACCCUGAUAAGCCAGUGUUUGAAAGAGGAGGUGUGGACCUUUUCUUACUGACCACCCCCUUCUCACUGGGAGAGCUGCAGAGCAUCAGACUGUGGCAUGACAACUCAGGGGAUCAUCCUGCUUGGUAUGUCAACUCAGUCAUGGUGGAAGACCUGCAGACUGAGCAAAAGUGGCACUUCCUGUGCAGCUCGUGGUUGGCUGUUGAUAUAGAUGAUUGUACUGUUGAAAGAGUGUUUCCUGUAGCAUCAGAGACAGAAAUGAAAGGCUUCAGCAACUUAUUCUUCAUGAAGACAACAACGGACUUCUGUGACGGUCACAUCUGGUACUCUGUGGUCAGUCGACCCCCCAGCAGUAACUUCACCCGUGUGCAGCGUGUCUCGUGCUGUUUCUCAGUGCUGCUCUGCUCUAUGUUGACCAGUAUCAUGUUCUACGGCAUUCCCACAGAUCCCUCAGAGCAGACCAUGGAUAUGGGCCAAAUUAAACUGACCUGGAGUCAGGUGAUAAUAGGCAUCCAGAGCUCCUUUAUUGUAUUCCCCAUCAAUCUAGUAAUUGUGGGAAUUUUCAGACAUUCACGUCCCCGGAAAAAGAAAGUAAAGAAAGAAAUGCCACACAAGCAGUCUGAGCCUCCUGAAAUGGAAAAAGACAUCCCAUAUGAGAUCGCCUCUCCAGAUUUUGAUCUGAACAAUUUAACUGUAGAUUUCCUUAUCAAAGACAUACAGAGAAUCACAUACUUGUUUGCAAAUGCAAUGAGAUGCUCUGUCCCGAAAACCGCGGUCUCUGAAAAGGAAGACGUCAACUUUUUCCUGUCAGAGCUGCAGAACCUCAUCGAACAACAGCACUUAAUACACAAAAACGAAACCUCCUCGCUUUUCUGGCCCUACACCUAUCAUCUCUCCAAGCAACUUGAAAACGUAGAGGGAGAAGUGAGGCUGCUGGGGCCUUCAGGCUUUUCCAGGCCUGGGUGCUACAGCAAGGUGUUACUGCAGGUCCAGAGCAUGAAGAAACUGCUGGAAAGUCUCCGUUCCUCCAGACCCAUCAGCGAGCAGCGGAUCGGCAGCUCGAGCCCCAAGAAAGACAGCAGCAGGAAGGGACUCCCGUGGUGGUUUGUGUAUGUGGGUUGGCUUCUUGUUGCAGCCACAAGUGUGGUAUCAGGGUACUUCACCAUGUUGUAUGGACUGAAAUACGGGAAGGAUCGCUCAGUCAGUUGGAUAAUCUCCAUCGCGAUGUCCUUCACUGAGAGCCUGUUCUUCACCCAGCCUGUCAAAGUGCUUUGUUUAGCCAUUUUCUUUGCACUGGUGGUGAAAAAAGUCAGUUUCGAGGAUGCAGAACUUGUUGACACUUUACGUAAAAAAGCAACUACUCGCUCAGCUGGUCUCAAUGGAGUGCGACUUUCUAAGAGGGAUUGUACACGCAGCUACUAUCAGCCUCCACCUCCCAGUGAUAUUGAGAGGAUCAAGAGAAACAUGGUCAAGCAGCAGAAAGCACGAGCACUUAUCAUGGAGAUUCUGGUUUUUCUGGGGUUCUUGUGGAUGCUGCUCUUGGUGGCAUAUGGUCAGCGAGAUGAAAAUGGAUUUUACCUCACUCAUCACAUCCGACAGAGCUUCAGCAAUGGCAUUUCAGACAGUAUGAACCACAAUGAUGUGUUUACCUGGGCUAACACUGUACUUCUUAAUAACCUGUUUGGACAGUAUCCAGGCUUUAUAACGGAUGGAAACUCAAAACUUGUUGGGAGUGCUCGUCUUCGUCAAGUUAGGGUGAAGAGAGACUCUUGUAAGAUUGCUAAGUCCAUGCGUCACUCUGUUCCUGACUGCAAUGCGCCUUACUCUUGGGAAAAUGAGGACAUGGGCUCUUACGGUCCAGGUUGGGAUGAGUUUAAUUUUGUAAAUGGUUCUGAGGACACCAUCACAGCUUGGCAGUACCAAAGCCAGUCUACUCUCAAAGCAAUCCCCGUUUGGGGUAUGAUUGCACUUUAUAGAGGAGGAGGCUAUGUUAUGGACCUCGGUUCUGACCUGCAAAAUGCUAGCAGGAAGCUUCAAUAUCUAGUUGACUCCACCUGGUUGGAUAUGUACACAAGGGUGGUUUUUGCAGAGUUUACGGUGUACAAUGCUAAUGUCAACCUCUUCUGCAUUGUGACGUUGAUGCUAGAAAGCACUGCAGUGGGUGCGUUUCAGUUUCGCAGCGUGGUUCAGAGUGUCCGUCUCUACCAAUCCACAGGUGGCUUUCAGUCAUUUCUGAUGGCCUCUCAGGUCUUUUAUUUCCUCUUCAUCGUCUACUACAUGUUUUUGCAGGCAAAGCUGUUGAAGCGGCAGAAAUGUGCAUAUUUUAAAAACAAGUGGAAUCUGUUGGACCUGGCUAUCAUCAUUUUAAGUUGGAGUUCAUUAUCAGUGUUCAUCAAGAGAACAGUGCAGGGAGACAAAGACAUUGAAUACUAUCAAAACCACAAAGAUCAGUUUCCCAGUUUCCAUGACACAGCAGUUGUAGAUGCUACACUGGGAUAUCUCAUGGCUUUCUUGGUUCUUCUGGCCUGUGUAAAACUCUGGCAUCUGCUGAGACUCAACCCUAAGCUUCACCUCAUCACCUCCUCACUGCAGCGGGCGUGGAACGAUAUGUCCAGCUUCAUUGUGGUUAUCUUCAUUGUCCUCUUGGCCUAUUCUCUUACUUGCAACCUAAUAUUUGGAUGGAAGCUGUACUCAUACAAAACUUUCCCAGAUGCGUUCAUAACAAUCUUCAGCUUGCAGUUUGGAAUCUUCAAUUACGAUGAGGUGCUGAGUUCUGAUCCCGUGCUUGGCGCCAUCAUCAUUUCCACUUGCGUCAUCUUCAUUACAUUUGUGAUCCUGACCCUCUUUGUCUCAGUCAUCCUUGAGGCGUUCGGUGAAGAACAGGAGAAUCACCAGCCUUCUGAGGAAGAGGAAAUCGUUGAUCUGAUGUUAGUGAAGAUACUCAGUCUUUUUGGGAUCAAAUGCAAGAAGAAAGAAGAAACUCAACAUAGUGAAAAAACUACCUAGUCCUCAUCAUUGGCAAAUGCUCCGCCUGAUCUGGCAUCUUGGCUUCAGCUUCUUAGUCAUCACAAAGAAAAUGAAUAUCUGUAUC